AUGGAAUCAUCAAUUUCCAAGCAACUCGUCGACAAGAUAUAUGAGAAGCGCAAGGCUGCAGCUCUCGACCUCGAGAAGCAGGUACGCGAGAGCCACCAGCAGGGCGAGCACCGCCGCAUCAGCCAGAUUGUCGACCAGCUUGUCGAGAUGUUCAACAACACCACCAAUCCGCUGCAUGUGCGCAACGGAGGCCUCAUCGGCCUCGCUGGGACCGCAAUCGCGCUGGGGGUAGACAUCGCGCCGUACAUGGAGAAGUUUGUGGGACCGUUGCUCGACUGCUUCGUGGACACGGAGAACAGGAUUCGCUACUUCUCCGCAGAAUGCUUGUACAACAUAGCCAAGGUGUCCAAGGGCGAGAUAUUGGUGUACUUUAAUGACGUUUUCGAUGCAUUGAGCAAGCUGUCUGCAGACUCCGAGCUGUCUGUGAAGAACGGUGCAGAGCUGCUGGAUCGCCUGCUGAAGGAUAUCGUUGCAGAGUCGGCCUCAGUGUACAUCCCCCAAUACGCAGAGACCGUGAAAGUUCGGGAGGAGAGGAACGGCGUACUCGUUCCCUAUCCCUACGGCAGCACCGACGGAGACAUGAACAAACGAGCAUUCUCUCUGGCGCAUUUCAUCCCGCUGCUGAGCGAGCGCAUUUACGUCGUCAGCCCGUUCACGCGAAGCUACCUCGUCUCGUGGAUCACCGUGCUUGAGUCGGUCCCAGAACUCGAGAUGCUCACGUUCCUUCCUGAAUUCCUGGACGGCCUUCUAGGGUACCUCUCCGACCCGACUGAAGACGUCCGCGUGGCUACGGAGUCGCUCUUGGGCGAAUUCCUCCACGAAAUACGCCGCAUCACCGAAGCGCGGAAGAAGUACAAGCCCACCGACCCCGUAGCACCAAGACAUACUGCGAACGAGAAUCUUCCCGACCUUACUAUGGACGGGGCCGAAACCACCGCGUUCUUGUCUGAACAAGGGAGUCAUAGCAGUUUCGAAGAUGAAUCCGCACUCAAAGACGACGAAGCUUCGGAUCACGUCUAUAGGGAUACCGGAGUUUGGUUUCCUGGACAAGGAGUUGCUAUCCACUACGAGAACAUUAUCGAAAUCCUCCUCAACCAGUUCACCGACGACCAUGACGAAAUACAACAGUCAACUGCGUUACAGUGGUUCGCCGAGUUCCUGGGAUUCGCGCCCGAAGUAAUAGUACCCUUCACUCCGCGCCUCAUCCCCGUGAUCUUGCCAAACCUUGCGCACCACGUUAACAUGAUCCAGUCGGUGGCCAUCCGGACCAACAAGCUGCUCCUCAACGUCAUCCAAACGCUCCCUCCGCCCCCAGAGACGCUUCCCCGGCCCCCAGUCCUCGAAAAACAGUCCUCCUCACGUAUCCCACCCGUGCCGGGAUCCCCUACGCCGACUACUGCGACGAACUCGCGCCAGACGACGCUGAGCAGCAGCCGCGAGCUGUCUUCGCCCGACUCCGCCCAGGAUCCCGUCAUCCAGGCGCCAGCGAGCAUCUAUUCACAGAGAACUCGCGGCAGUGUCGUUGAUCUCACCGCUAGGGCAGCUGCUGUUCCUGUUGAAGUUCCCGCUGUAAAUCCGCCCAGUCGCUCCAAUUCCCCAAUUCCACUUGCCGGCCAAGGGCCAGCGCUGCAGAAUGCCGAAAGCGAGGGAGAGCAGCUCAAUUACCAGGAGACGGUCAACGAACUGACACUUCACUUUAUGAGUGAAUUUGAGGAUACGAGAGUCGCUGCGCUGAAAUGGCUGAUUAUGCUGCACCAGAAGGCACCCAAGAAGAUUCUAAGUAUGAAUGACGGCACGUUCCCUGCCUUGUUGAAAACACUAUCAGACAACUCGGAAGAGGUGAUCAAACAUGACCUGCAACUGUUGGCGCAAAUAUCUUCGAGUUCGGAAGAAACAUAUUUCAAGGCGUUUAUGAUCAAUCUCUUGGAGCUGUUCAGCACUGAUAGGCGGUUGUUGGAGACGCGGGGCAGCCUCAUCAUUCGCCAACUGUGCCUGAAUCUCAACACAGAACGAAUAUACCGCACCUUUGCUGAAAUUCUGGAAAAGGAAGACGACCUGGAGUUUGCUAGUGUUAUUGUGCAGAAGCUCAACAUCAUAUUGAUAACCUCGCCCGAGCUCGCUGACUUCCGGAAGCGGCUGAAGAGCCUGGAGACGAGGCAAGAUGGGCAAGCCCUGUUCACUACCUUGUAUAAAUCCUGGUGUCACAAUGCGGUUGCGCUGUUCUCGCUAUGUCUCCUAGCGCAAGCCUACGAACAUGCGUCGAAUUUGCUGUAUAUCAUGGCAGAGUUGGAGAUUACUGUGCAAAUGCUUGUUCAGGUUGAUAAGCUAGUGCAGCUCAUCGAGUCUCCGGUCUUCACAUACCUUCGUCUACAACUUCUGGAACCUGAGAGACAUCCUCAUUUAUUCAAGUGCCUGUAUGGCCUUUUGAUGCUUCUACCUCAAAGCUCCGCCUUUAUAUCACUACGGAAUCGUCUCAACGCUGUGAAUUCGGCUGGAUUUCUACAUAUCGCUCCCAAAUCAUCGAUGGGCGGGUUAUCUACUAGAUCGAAAAUAGGUCGGGAUGAAAUCAAGUGGCAGGAGCUUCUCACACAUUUCAGAUCGGUACAAGCGAAGCAUGAGAAGGCGAGGAGGCAAGCCCUGGGCGCCGACGUUCCCUCGUUCUCUAACCUCGCCGAUAUCGAACGGCCCGAUGUACCAAGUCACCCGCCGCCCCCGUCAGGUCGGAUGUCCGUGUCGAGCAAUCGCCCACAGAUUCGGCGCAAGGUAACUGGUGGAGAAAUCAUCAAUGCGAAUGCGAAUAUUGCGACUGGGCGAGCGGGCGCCCUUUCGCCACUGAACCCUCGUGCGAGAGUACCUGCGCUGGUCGCGACGUCGAUGAACGCGCAGCAGACUCCUACACCAGCAGGCGCGCUGGGUAAGGGGAGGCGAUCGGUGGACUUGGGCAGGAAGUAG